GGCGGAGGACGGCGUCCCCGGCGGAAUGGGGAAGGAGCAGGAGUUGCUGGAGGCGGCCCGCACCGGGCACCUCCCGGCGGUGGAGAAGCUGCUGUCCGGGAAGCGGCUCUCUUCGGGCUUCGGCGGCGGCGGCGGCGGCUCCGGCGGCGGCUCCGGGGGCGGCUCCGGGGGCGGCGGCCUGGGCUCCUCCAGCCACCCCCUCUCCAGUCUGCUCAGCAUAUGGAGAGGACCCAACGUGAAUUGUGUUGAUAGCACUGGUUAUACCCCUCUGCACCAUGCAGCUUUGAAUGGCCACAAGGACGUGGUGGAGGUUCUUCUAAGGAACGACGCAUUGACCAAUGUGGCUGACUGUAAAGGCUGUUACCCUCUUCACCUGGCAGCCUGGAAGGGGGAUGCUCAGAUAGUUCGAUUACUCAUCCACCAAGGACCCUCCCACACCAAAGUCAAUGAACAGAAUGCUCUUGAGAUCAAAGAACUCAAAAAGUACGGCCCCUUUGACCCUUAUAUCAAUGCAAAGAACAACGACAACGAGACGGCUCUCCACUGUGCAGCUCAGUAUGGCCACACGGAGGUGGUGAAGGUCCUCUUAGAGGAGCUGACUGAUCCCACCAUGCGCAAUAACAAGUUUGAGACACCGCUGGACCUGGCUGCACUAUAUGGGAGGUUGGAGGUGGUGAAGAUGCUGCUCAAUGCUCACCCUAACCUCCUAAGCUGCAACACUAAGAAACACACCCCUCUGCACUUGGCUGCACGAAAUGGCCACAAAGCUGUGGUCCGUGUCCUUCUGGAUGCUGGGAUGGAUAGCAACUACCAGACGGAGAAGGGCAGUGCUUUGCAUGAGGCUGCUUUGUUUGGCAAGACAGAUGUGGUUCAAAUCCUGCUGGCUGCAGGAAUCGAUGUGAACAUAAAAGAUAACCGGGGGCUAACUGCACUGGACACUGUGCGAGAGCUUCCUUCCCAGAAGAGUCAGCAGAUAGCGGCGUUUAUUGAAGAAUACAUGACUGGGAAAAGAAGUACAAAAGGCGACAAACCAAUCAGAGCCCAGCCACCAUUCAUCCCUCAUGUGGACUCAGCAUCCCUGAAGUCUCAAGGCGAUGUGGAGAAAGCAGUAAAUGAGCUGGUCAUUGAUUUUGACAUGAACUCACAGGAGGAAGGUCCCUACGAAGCUCUGUAUAAUGCCAUUUCCUGCCACUCAUUAGAUAGCAUGACCAGUGGAAAGUCUUCUGACCGAGAAUCUGUGACCAAGGAGACAGAAGCAGCCAUUGUCAAAGCAUCUGGAGUGAGGCCUAGAGAACGUCCACCCCCUCCAGCAAAACCACCACCAGAGGAAGAGGAAGAGGAAGACACUGAAGUGGAACUUUGUCCCCAUAUAUCCUCUGAGGUUCCGGUCGUGAGAAGUAGGAGCCAGGGGAGUGCACUCAAGGAGGAAGAUGAGCAUCCUUAUGAGCUAUUGCUAACAGCAGAAACAAAGAAGCUAGUAUCAUUGGAGGGAAAAACAAAAGACCACGGAAAGAGAAGGAGCAGCCGGAGCCAGGACGCUGCAGAGGGACUAGAGGGGCAGGUCCCAGAGCAGUUCUCAGGUCUUCUACACGGCUCUUCUCCAGUGUGUGAAAUCAGCGAGGACCCUUUCCAGCUUCUUUCCACUGUUAGCCAGGGUGGUUCUGAAGGGUCAUCCAGGCAGGGCACAAGUCACGAAGCUGCUAUGCAGCUGGAAGAUGCUGCUUUGCACACUCAUGGAUCCACCCAGCCCUGCCUUGCUGACCAAAAUAAGAAACUGGGUUAUUCAACUGGCCUGCCCACCAACCACAGCCAAUCGGACCCUGAAACUUUGAUGCAUGAAAUAUCUCAGCACCCUGGUGGUGCCGAGGAAGCAGGAGACUGGAGUGGGACCAGGAGCUGGGCCCCUCCCACUAGCAGACCAAAAGCUGAACUUAAACUCAGCCGAAGUUUGUCCAAGUCAGACUCUGAUCUCCUGACCUGCUCACCAACAGAAGAUACCACAAUGGGGAGUAGGAGUGAGUCCUUGUCCAACUGCAGCAUUGGGAAGAAGCGGCUGGAAAAGUCUCCGUCCUUUGCCUCAGAGUGGGAUGAGAUUGAAAAGAUCAUGAGUUCAAUCGGAGAAGGCAUCGACUUUUCUCAGGAACAGCAGAAGAUCUCAGGUUCACGGAUGUUGGAGCAGAGUGUCGGGGAGUGGCUGGAAUCAGCUGGCUUGCAGCAGUACGAAAGCAAGUUGCUUCUGAAUGGCUUUGAUGACGUUCGCUUCCUGGGGAGUAACGUAAUGGAAGACCAGGACCUCCGGGACAUUGGGAUCAGCGAACCCCAGCACCGAAGGAAGCUUCUCCAAGCCGCCAGGUCUUUGCCUAAGGUGAAACCUCUGGGCUGUGAUGGGAAUACCCAGCCAUCUGUCCCAUCCUGGCUUGACUCUCUGGGGCUGCAGGACUAUAUCCAGUCUUUUCUCUCAAGUGGCUACAGUUCUAUUGACACUGUGAAAAACCUCUGGGAACUGGAGCUGGUUAAUGUGCUAAAGGUUCACCUGCUUGGCCACCGGAAGCGAAUCAUCGCCUCUCUUGCAGAUCGGCCCUAUGAGGAGCCUCCCCAGAAGCCCCCGCGCUUCUCCCAGCUGCGAUGCCAAGAUCUGAUUUCCCAAACAUCCUCUCCCCUGAGCCAAAAUGAUUCUUGCACCGGGAGGUCCUCAGACCUACUGCUGCCCUUGGGGGACACAGGCAAGAGGCGACACGACAGCUGUCACGACACGGCUGCCCACAGCCGAGCUGAGCGCUUUAAGACACAGGAGGAUCCCCGGGAGGCCAAACUGACCCUUCGGCCCCCCAGCCUGGCUGCUCCCUAUGCCCCUGUGCAGAGCUGGCAGCACCAACCGGAGAAGCUUAUCUUCGAAUCUUGUGGUUACGAAGCCAAUUAUUUGGGCUCUAUGCUGAUUAAAGAUCUUCGUGGGACAGAAUCUACGCAGGAUGCCUGUGCCAAGAUGAGGAAAUCAACUGAGCAGAUGAAGAAGAUCCCAACCAUAAUUCUUUCCAUCACCUACAAAGGGGUUAAAUUCAUUGAUGCUUCCAACAAGAACAUCAUUGCAGAACAUGAGAUUCGGAACAUCUCCUGUGCAGCCCAGGACCCUGAGGACCUCUGCACCUUUGCCUACAUCACCAAGGACCUGCAGACUAGCCACCACUACUGCCAUGUGUUCAGCACCGUGGAUGUGAACCUGACCUAUGAGAUCAUCCUGACGCUGGGACAGGCAUUCGAGGUGGCCUAUCAGCUGGCCCUGCAGGCCCAGAAAGCCAAGCCAGGUGGGGCAUCAGCAGCCGAGAUGAUAGAAACAAAAGCUUCCAAACCGGUGCCUAAGCCUCGAGUUGGCAUGAGGAAAUCUGCAUUGGAACCGUCUGACAUGGACCAAGAUGCCCAGUCUCAUGCCAGUGUCUCCUGGGUAGUGGACCCAAAACCGGAUUCCAAAAGGAGCCUCAGCACUAACUGAGCCACUGGGAAACCACACUGCUGCGGAAAAAUAGUCCUGGGGGCACAGACUGCUGCCGCCACUGCCUCCCCCACCAUCAUGAAGAUCCAGGCUCAGCCUCUGCUUUUGGAAUCGCCUUCCUGCUGUUCAGCACAGGCUUUCCACAACCAAGCCUUGAAAACAGAUCCCUCCCCCCAUCUCUCCCUGCCCCUGACUGGAGAGCAGCAACUCAAGGUCUCUCUCCAGCAGGUGAGAUUGGGAUUCCAGGGGACCAAGAAGCGACUCUGUUUUUUUAGCUUGUCCAGAAAAACAUUUUUUUAAACAGACAAAAUGACUGCCCGUGGCUUGGGCCCAUAGGGAAGAUUGCCAGUCUUCAGCCAGAAAGUCGUGGGGAUGAAACUAGAACUGGCAAAAAAGAACAGUCCAUCUAGGCCUUCCUUCCUCAGAGUGAGACCUUGGAAUAGCAUAGCAGGUUUGAAAGGAAAGCAGUUGCUUAUGGGAGAUGGGUGAGUAUAAGAGAACAGAAUCAACAGGCUCACACUGAGAUAGCUUGUUGGAUUUGGAUGUUCAGACCCAGCUGAGUUCCUGUGUUCUGUCAGAAUGCACAAACUCUCCUUAGAACAAAACCAUUUGAAGACAGCAUCUCAGAUAAAAAAACAUAACACAACCCUGGAGACACCUGAAAGCAGGAGCCCUUCAGCCAUUGCUAGGAUUUUAAAUAUGAAGAGACCCGUGGGGAUUUGGUCCCCUCAGCGCCCCACCCCCACCGCAUUAGUGACCAAGGGCGUGGUCUUUUUUUUUCCCACCAGCUCUCUGGUAGCUCCAUGUUUCCUAAGUUCCAGAGGAAAACAGAAAAAGAAGCUUCAUUUGGGUGCAUUAACUAACAGAGAGACCAGCUGAGGCUGCUACCCAGUGACUUGAGAUUUGUCCAAGCUGGCCUUUGCAGUUAGGCCUCAUUGUUAACUCUCUGAGUUGUGACUAUGCCUGUUUUGUUCCCUUGCUCAUCCCUGGCUUCCAGUGUAUAUAUAGGAAAGGGCUUAAAAGCUGGUAGCUGACUUGAUUUGUAACCAUGCAGACAGUGCCCAUUAUCUGCACCAGGUUGGCUUACUAGAGCAUUGCUGUUCUUAUAACUCCCCAAUUUGCGUCUCCUUUUAACUUCAGUUUUGUUUCUGGAUUUAAAACAGGGACUUGUUCCAUUUGAGAUGGAAGGGCUGAGCCCUUGUGGCCUGUACCUCUGGGAUAGGGAGCAAAGACCAUGCCUUCCCAUGUGCUCUUUAGCAAACCUACUAUUCUUACGGUGCGAUUUGUUCCUGUCCAAGUGCAAAUAUUCUAGGCUUUGGCAACACUACUCUUUCUCAGUGAAAGCUGUUGAUUGGAAUUAUAUAUUUAUAAGUAUGCAUGGGGGGUCCUUUUAAAAAUGCACACACUCUAUGGUUGGCCAGAAGUUACAAGCAGUGGUUUUGUACCUUUGGCUGAUUUGAGGCUUGGCCUUGUGGGCUUUCUCUUCAUAGACUGCCACGGUUCUUCAUCCAACCCUGGGAGUAGUCAAUCCUGGUCCUUCUGUCCCCAGCAGAGGGCUAGCCUCAGCUUCUCUGUCCGAGACAAGGACCAUGGUUCUUCUGGGCCUGAGAGGGACUCCUAGCAACUUACCCUUACGCAGCGUUCAGCCUCUGUUUUCCAAAAAAGUUUCCCAAGGAAAAUUAAGUUUUCUUCGGUAAAAUUGUGCUGUUUCUGCCAUGGUGCUGGGGCUUUACGCCCUGGGCCCAGUAGCAGCAUUUCUCCCUUUUCCAGAGCUCCACUUUCUUCCUUUUUUUUUCCAAGGAAGGUUGUUUCCUUUGCAAGUAGGUAUCUGUGAGUAAGACGGUAGGUCCAAAAAGAAAAUUCUUUGUAGACACUAAGAUGAAUUUCUCAGAUUUUUAAAAAUCACAUUUAGAUGUUUUUGUUUCUCUUAAGCUGCUACGUCCCCUUUAUUUAUUCAGGGUGUUUUCAGAUUGGGAAGUUGGCUGGUCAGCUCUGGUUCUGAAUUAUGUUUUUAGAUUGGUUUAUUUUUGGAUAUUGGAGAAAGGAAAGUGACUGGAUUUUUUUUUUAAUGGGGGUCAGGUACUCUCCUUUCCCUAAAAAGGGAUAUUGCAACUUUAAGAACAGGCUUUGAGUGGGAAAGCCACUGCUAUCACACUGUUCUCAGUGCAGGCCAUGUAGCAUGGUUGAACACAUCCACUGUGUUUCUGAACUGUGAAGGAGCCCGUUUAAGUGUGAAACUGCAGCUUCCUUGGAAUGGGCUCAGUUACGUUAAGCUGUCAUCGGUUCCCAGCUCUCUGCUUGAAUUUCCCCAUGUGCUUGCUAACUGUUCUUAGGCAAUAGGAUUCUUCUUCCUAACAAGGCUCUACAUUUGCAACUCUCCAGGUCCCUAGUGGGCCCUCUAGUACUAAAGAUCAGGGGUAGUUUCUCAGAGACAGGUUGGAACAGGAAAGCAAGCACAUUUGUGGUUUGUGAAAGUUAAUCGGGGUUUAGUCUGGCUUGAAGGCUCAUCUAAUACUGCCCGGACUUGCAGAAUGACUGUCGGAUUCAGUUUGCAAAAGGGUGAUUUUGCUAAUGGUGGUGUGUGGCGAUGGGACUGAUUUGUAAUAAAAAUGUUAUUUAAUCUUUGUCUCUGUAUUUUGAUACUUGAAUGAUUUUCCUUUUUAUUUUCCUGUAUAUAUAAUUGUUAAUCUGUCCAAUUUUGUCAGAAUUAUAAACACCUUGUGGUACCAAACAUAACCAAUCUGUGCAACAAAAUAGACUGACCUCACUACACAGAGAGAUUGUAAAUAUUCCUGGGCUUCCAGCGUUGGUUUUGUUAUUUUCAUAACUGUACAACUUAGAACAGACUGAAUAAAUGAGAAGUGACUUAGAA